UGAGCUGUGGCAUCUAGUAUCAUUCUGCUUUUUGCUUUCUUACCAAAUAACCACCUCAAACUCCUAACCAGCCAUGAAGAACCUCUCCACCGCGCUCACCGUACUCGCUCUCUUCUCCGCCACUAUCAACGGGUCACCCAUGUUGCGCCAGGAGGCUGAAGCCUCCAGCUGCACGCUCUCUGGCACCUACAAGUCCGGCACGGACAUCUCGUCCUGCAGUACGCUCACCAUCGGCACGCUCACCGUUCCAGCCGGCGUCACGCUGGACCUGAGCAAGGCCAAAACGGGCGCCAACAUCAAAAUCUCAGGCACUGUCACGUUUGGUGAGAAGAAGUGGGCCGGUCCACUCGUGCUACUCGGUGGUACCAACCUCAAAGUCAGCGGUUCUGGCACGCUAGACGGCCAGGGUGCCUGGUACUGGAAGCAGGGCACAUCCAUCAGUCGUCCCGUCUUCUUCCGUCUGCACGGCGUGACAGGUUCUACACUCUCGGGCUUCAAGAUCAAGAACUCGCCCUACCGCACCUUCAGUAUCCUCAACUCCGAGAAGACCACAAUCAGCGGUCUCACCCUCGACUCGAGCGCUGGUGAUGGCACGGCCAAGAACACGGACGGCUUCGACCUUAGCAAGAACGACUACGUCACGAUCACGGGCAACAAGAUCUACAACCAGGACGACUGUCUCGCCAUGCAGUCCAGCACCAACACGGUCUUCAGUAACAACUACUGCAGUGGUGGCCAUGGUAUUUCCAUUGGUUCGCUCGGAGGCUCCAGCGUCAGCUCGGCCGACACGGUCAAGGGUCUCACGGUCAAGGGCAACACCAUCGUCAACAGCGUCAACGGCAUCCGCAUCAAGACCAUCGUGGAUCUCAAGGGCCUCGUGUCCGACGUCACGUACACGAACAACAAACUGUCGAACGUCAAGAACGCCAUCGUGAUCCACUCGGACUACAGCAAGUCCAAGGGCGGAUACACCGGCAAGGCCACGAGCGCCGUGACCAUCAAGGACGUGACCAUCUCGGGUCUCUCGGGUACGGCCACCAACCUGUACAACAUCGUGGCGAACUCGAAGGUCGUGUCGAACUGGAAGUUUUCGGGUGUCACGGUGAAGGCAUCCAAGACGGGCACAUGCAACGGCCAGCCCAGCACCGUCAAGUGCUAAGCUAUCAAAGACGUCGGGAGAUGUCGGAGCUGUGAGUAUUGUUCUGUUUUGCAUUGUACGUUGGUAACCGAGGCGAAAUAGCGACAUCCUGGUGCUUUUGUGUCUCUGUUUUAGCGUUCUCGCUUGUCAAUACCUUGUAACAGCUUAGAUAAAGCAC